UUUCUCUCUCUACCGUUCUCUUAUAACACUCGGUCACGCCAUUUCCCUCCCCCCAUUUCAUGUCCACCAGUGGAGAAAGCAUGGUGGCCCUCUUCCUCCUCCUCCUCGUCCUCUCCACUCUCCACCACCACCCCAUCUCUGCAAAAUCUUCUCACUCCAACGAAUACCGCUACCUUCUCUCUCUAAAAGCCGCCAUUAUCGACCCCGACAAUUCUCUCCAGAGCUGGAACUCCUCCACAGACUAUUGCUCAUGGAGUGGCGUAGCAUGCGACGCAUCAUCGAACCAUGUCGUCUCUCUAGACCUCUCGGCCCGAAACCUGAACGGGACCCUCGCCCCCGAAAUCGGGCGGCUGAGAAGCCUCGUGAACAUCACAGUUGCAGAGAACCAGUUCGCCGGUGGGAUACCGCUGGAGAUAUCCCAGAUCAACGGCCUCAAGCUUCUCAACCUCUCUAACAACUACUUUAGUGCCAAUUUUCCUGCAAAUUUCUCCGGGCUCAAGAACCUCGAGGUAUUGGACCUCUAUAACAAUAAUCUCACUGGCCCUUUACCACUGGAGGUUACAGAGAUGGAAGCGCUUAGGCACCUUCAUUUAGGUGGUAACUUUUUCACUGGUACAAUACCACCUGAAUAUGGAAAAUGGGGGUUUAUCGAGUAUUUAGCAGUCUCUGGUAAUGAGCUUACUGGUAAAAUACCUGGUGAGCUUGGAAACUUGACAAAACUCCAGCAACUCUAUCUUGGCUACUAUAACAUUUAUGAAGGUGGCAUACCUCCCGAGCUCGGGAACUUAUCAGCGCUUGUGAGGUUGGAUAUGGCGAACUGCGCGCUCUCUGGUUCGAUUCCACCAGAGUUUAGAAAGUUGCAGAAGCUCGACACCCUGUUUUUGCAGGUUAAUGGGCUCUCUGGUCCAAUUACGCCAGAGCUUGGAAGCUUGAAGAGCUUGAAAUCCAUGGAUCUGAGCAAUAACAUGCUUGAUGGACAGAUCCCUGUGGAGUUUUCGGAGCUUAAGAACCUGACCCUUUUGAAUCUCUUCCGAAAUCGGCUUCAUGGCUCAAUCCCUGGUUUUAUUGGGGAUUUGCCUGAGCUCCAGGUCCUUCAGUUGUGGGAGAACAAUUUUACAGGGAGUGUUCCUCAACAGCUUGGAAUGAAUGGUAAUCUCAUUCUUUUGGAUAUCUCAUCGAACAAGCUCACUGGUUCAGUUCCGCCUCAGCUUUGCUAUGGUGGAAAGCUUACCACUCUGAUAACCCUAGACAACUUCUUGUUCGGUCCGAUACCAGAGUCCCUCGGUGAAUGUGUUUCUCUCGCUAGAAUUAGAAUGGGAGAGAAUUACUUGAAUGGUUCGAUCCCAAAAGGUUUGCUCUCUCUCCCAAAUCUUGUUCAGGUCGAGCUCCAAGCUAACUAUCUCACUGGAAAUUUGCCAGAUUCAGGUAAAGCCUCUGAAAAUUUAGGUCAGUUGAGUCUGUCGAAUAAUCGGCUUUCUGGCCAACUUCCUGCAAGUAUUGGCAAAUUUUCCAGCCUCCAAAAGCUUCUUUUGGAUGGAAAUGGAUUUUCUGGCCAAAUCCCUCCCGAUAUUGGUAAACUACAGCAACUUUCGAAGCUCGAUUUCAGCGACAACAAGUUUUCUGGUGAGAUUUCGCCAGAGAUCACCAACUGUAAGCUGCUCACAGUCGUUGAUCUCAGUGGAAACGAGCUUAAUGGAACGAUACCCUCUGAGAUCACGAAGAUGAGGAUUCUCAACUACUUGAACCUGUCGAGAAACCAUUUGAUGGGUGGCAUUCCACCUUCCAUUCAAACAAUGCAGAGCUUGACUUCAGUUGAUUUUAGCUAUAACAAUCUCUCUGGUUUGGUUCCUGGUUCAGGUCAGUUCACCUACUUUAAUGCCUCUUCUUUUGUGGGGAACCCAGGCCUUUGCGGCCCUUAUCUCGGUCCCUGUAAAUUUGGUUUAUCCCCUUCUUCUCAAACUAAAGCAAGGGGCCCUCUCUCUUCAACCACCAAACUCCUGCUCGUGAUAGGCCUCCUUGUUUGCUCGAUCGCCUUCGCAAUAGCUGCCAUUAUCAAAGCUCGAUCUCUCAAAAAGGCCAAUGAUGCCAGAGCUUGGAAACUCACUGCCUUUCAGAGAUUGGAUUUCACGUGUGAUGAUGUUCUUGAUUGCUUAAAAGAGGAGAACAUUAUAGGGAAAGGUGGAGCUGGGGUUGUGUAUAAAGGAUCAAUGCCUGGUGGCGAACAAGUUGCAGUGAAGAGAUUGCUUGGAAUGGGGCGUGGGUCUACCCAUGACCAUGGUUUUUCAGCUGAGAUUCAAACGCUCGGGAGAAUAAGGCACCGGCACAUCGUUAGAUUACUCGGGUUUUGCUCAAACCAAGAGGCUAAUCUUUUGGUCUAUGAAUACAUGCCUAACGGGAGUUUAGGAGAGGUUUUGCACGGAAAGAAAGGUGGGCAUUUGCAUUGGGAUACUAGGUAUAAGAUUGCAGUGGAAGCAGCCAAAGGGCUAUGUUAUCUACACCAUGAUUGUUCGCCCCUCAUACUUCAUCGUGACGUGAAAUCGAACAACAUAUUGCUUGAUUCAAGUUUUGAGGCCCAUGUUGCAGAUUUUGGGUUGGCAAAGUUUUUGCAGGAUUCAGGAACCUCAGAGUGUAUGUCCGCCAUUGCUGGCUCCUAUGGUUACAUCGCCCCAGAGUAUGCAUACACGCUAAAGGUUGAUGAGAAAAGCGAUGUAUACAGUUUCGGGGUGGUUCUCCUAGAGUUGAUUACCGGGCGAAAGCCUGUGGGUGAAUUCGGUGACGGUGUCGACAUUGUUCAGUGGGUGCGUAAAAUGACUGAUUCAAAGAAAGAAGGGGUCCUCAACAUUCUCGACCCAAGACUACCCACUGUUCCACUCCAUGAGGCAAUGCACGUCUUCUAUGUCGCAAUGCUUUGUGUUGAGGAGCAAAGUGUUGAGAGGCCGACUAUGAGAGAGGUUGUUCAAAUUCUCACCGAUCUCCCCAAGCCUCCAGAGCAACCGAGCCCUACAACGCAAAAGCAUGGUGGCAUAGGUGGUGGGGAUGCCUCUCCAGAGCCGAACGGGCCGAAUGUUGGCGUUAAAGAACAGCAGGGCCAGUUGCCUCCUCAGUCUCCUCCACCUGAUCUUCUUAGUAUCUAAGCAUAGUAAACCAGGGUCUCUUACCGAGAAAAAAGGAAAUGUCUCAGUUCACACACUAUCUCCCUAUCUGUUUCUCUCUAAUCAUUCCAGUGGGGUUUGUGUGAUGUUUGUAGCCCAAUUUCCUAAUCAGUUUACUUCUCUCACUUCAUCUUUUCAUUGGGGUUUGUUCACUGUUCUCCCCAAAUUUUUAUUGAUUCUCUCUCUCUUCUUCUUUGCAAUGGGAUAUAGUAGUCCCUCUGUUCCUGCUCUCUUAUCUUUCUCUCUUGUCUGCAAUGGGAUGUAGUACUUCCCCUGUUCGUGCUUGUGAACUCUCUUUCCAUUUCUUUUCUCGUCUCUUCAAUGGGGUCUAAUACUUUCUUGCGGUGUCACUCUCUUACGUCUAUUGGGUGGGUUUUCAAGAAUUUGGCGAUAAGAAAUGGAGUGGAUUUUACUGAUCAUUUGGUUGAUUUCCUGUACAGAGGACUUGCUUUUGGGUUUCUUUUUUGUUUUUGUUAUUGGGAAAAUGUCACAGCAAAUGCACCAGGCCCAGUCAUUUAAAUGUGUAGGGUUUUGUAGGAGUUAUCAUUUAUGAAAGAGAAGACUUUCCUUUUCUUUA